CUGGUACACUGUUUACCUGUAUGUACAUAUCAAUAGCAUACAUGGGGAUAUAAAUGUCUACAGGCGAAAUGUCUUUAUUUUGGGUGUUUAUCAUCAACAUGGCCUUUCAAAUAAGCAUUGUGGAUACGACCCUUUUGACAACUGGUUGUCCACAGAACCAUUUUAUUGGCCGUCCAUCUUGUAAUGAGACAUGUUCGAAACCGACCACUAUCUCUGAUGGAAGACAAUUCAUCUGUACCGUUGGAUCUAUAAAAGGAUGGAAAGAUUUCAAUCACAGACAUGGAUUAGAAGCGGCAACAGUUUUUAAUAAUUCGGAUGAAAAACUGUUUAAAGCACCGCUAUUGUUAAGAAUAGCAUUACAUCCUUUGCCAUACAAACAGAACCAUGGAUUUAGCCCAGCACUCAAUAUAUCUUUCAGCAUUCCAUUUAUUGGUAUAGUUCAUUCCCAAGAAACUAAGGCGGUACUUCUAACAUUUGAAAGUCCUGUAUUCAAAAACCCACUAUACAAGAGAUUCACAGACAUUGUCUAUAGUGUGCAAAGAACAAUAGACGAUAGUAUUGAAAGUGAUGGCAGGAUAUAUCGACUAUUUAAUUUCUCAUCUUAUACUCCAAACCCAUUCGAUUACAAGCAUCAAAUUGUAAACACCUACCCAUGCUUGUAUGGUUUAGAUGAUUGCCUUUAUAAAGAAAAGAUAUAUAGUAUAACUCUAACUUCAAUUGCCAUGAAUACAACUUUCUAUUCGAAGUAUUUCAAGUGUAACCCAUCCACUUGCUCAAUGAGUAGUUUGACAUACACAGUCAGUGUUGUCACAGUACGAUAUAACGUUUGGAAUACAAUUCCUUCGACAAAAUUUAACCCGGAUUUUGAGUACUGGAAUGCAACAAUAGCAACAACGUUGUUUCCAUCAGCUUAUGAUAUAUAUGUUGUAUUUGAACACAGAGAAACUUGUCAAACGUAUUUUUUAAGAUAUACAGGCGGUGAUUACCAGGAAACUGCAUCACAACACUAUACCUUUAAAGGUCUUCCUCCAGGACAAUAUUGGAUAGAGGUUAAGUGUUGUCGUGUUGACAAUUUAUGCAGUGUGUACAAAACUUUCCACGAAAUCAUAAUAGGCGAGUCUAAGGAAAUUAUUUCUCCUCGGUAUGAGCAUUUAACCAAAAUAUUAUUAGCAUCGGGAUUUUGUAUAUUUAUUCUGUUGGCUGUUGUAAUUGCCUUGGUAUUAUUGAAACGACGAAGAAAAAAAGCAUUGGCAGAAUUAACAUUUACUCCAGAAUAUAAACCAACCUUUAUACCAAAGGCAUACAGGAAUAUGUUGCUUAACGGAAACUUAAAAAGAACAACCAAAUUAGUCACUAUUGUGUCAAAUACGGACCAGGCUAGUACAAUGGUAGCAAAUCAACUCGACCUUUCUCUGACAAUAUUAGGACUAGAAACAUUAUUAUUUCAUUACCAUUCAUAUUUGGAGACUGAAAUGUUACGUUAUUUCAUUGAAGCAAUGAGUGACACUUCUCAUCUAUUACUUUUGUUUCCAGAUGAACACUUGAUUCAAGGAACUGAUUAUGAUGAAAGAUUUGGAAAAAUCAUUAAAUUUUCAGUAAAGUUAAAAAAUCUUGAUACUCUUAAAUUGUAUUUCACUUCUGAAAAAUAUUUAACGAAGGAAAACAUCAAUGAAACUAGAAAGUUUGCUUUUCUUCCGACAGAAUUUCACGUACUUACAAAAUUUUUGAAUAUAAAACCAAACCUGUACAAGGGAAACACACUUCACAGAAUUGAAUGCGAUUUGAAUCAUGUUAUAUGUGACGCAGAAGCUAGAUUAAGAAAUCCAGUUUCGCGACGAUCAUCGUUAGUGUCUACAUCAAGUAUAGUAAGCAUAGACAGCGGCUGUCCAAUUCACGGAAAGUUAAGUUUUAUAGACAGUUCUGUCAAAAAUAAUGAAGAGUAUUCACACUUUAAUAGCCCCCUGUUAGAUGGUGGUCAUCAUAAAAUUGGAAAAGGUCAGAUAAAAAUUCAAAAACCUGCAGAAUACAUUGAAAAUCAAAAGGAACAGUGCAUGCUAAAUAACAGUAUGCAUCGUGCUAGUUAUAUGUCAGGAAGAAUACAUUUGUAUGACAAGCAGUCUGGCUUACUUCAAAAUGAAGCAGAUGCCAAUGAGCGACAUAUUCAUAAAACUUUGCAAGAAAACAGAGACAAUCAGAUGAUGGAAUUGGAAGAAACAAAACGAUGUCAUUUAGAUGCCAAGAACAGAAUCCGUAUAAUAACAAACGAUGAUCCAAUAAGUAUUACACUGGCCAACAAGAUAAUACAGACAUUUACCCAAUUCGGUGAAGACAUAUCUCAUUUGAAAAAAAGAAACAAUACGAUAAAACGGAAAAUUCAUGACGAGAUUAAGGAUGCAACUCACAUUAUAAUUCUACUUCCUGUUUAUAAUACAGGUUCAAAGUUUAGCUACAAUCUGGACUUUAUAAAACAUACUAUUUCAUCAUCUCUAGACGUUUUAGAACCGAGAAAUACAUUAGUAGUGAACUUUCCGUACACAGAGGACGCUAACUAUGUAACAUGGAAGUUUUUAAAGAAAUUUGAAGGACAAAUCUGUUUAAUGAAAGAUUUUUAUGAAUUCAUGCAAUUUUUAAAUGUAACAUGUGAUAGUAUCAAUAAAUGGAAUAUAAUAAAAUCAAACCUCAGUAAUGCGGUAGAUGAGUCAGAGACAUUAUUGAGAAGUGAGAGCUUGGAAAAUCUUAUUCGAGAAUCGUGUUCAGAUACAAGUAUUGACUCAUUGUGUCCCAUUCAUGGUGAAAAUCAACAAUUGAAUAGAUCUCUGAUUUUUCGGAAUUCAUGUGACCCCUGUAAAAUACCUGAUCAAAUCAUUAACGAUCCGCUACUUAAAAUAAACUUUGGUUCCGCAGUAAAUCUUAGCCAAACAUGUGAAAGCGAAGAAAACAGCUGGAAGAACAUGAAAGCAGAUGGAAGAAUCGGCGAAAUCCAUUUAGAAGAUCAGAAACACUCUGAUUUUCAUCAAAAUAGUAAUGAUCCACUUUUGUAUUUUAAUUUCAGAUGAACUACGCAUUUCAAUAUUGAAAAUUGAAGCCCUUAAUUGUAUCUAUUUAGAAUAUAGGAAUCUAUGAUUUGCCAUCGAACGUUAAUUUUGAAAAAAAAAUUAAUAUCAUAUGACUAAGUAUUUUUAUAUUUAUUGACAUUUGUUAUAUCGUCUAUUGUUAUUGAUUACUGUAAACAGAUAAACGAACAAUUCCUACAGGAUCCCACGAGCCAGAAUCCAACACCUAGAUUUAAAUUGCUUAUAGUAAUCGAAUGUCAUAGUCAUCAAAAUCAUCCAUGUUUAAUGACUGCCAUGAAAAUAAUUGUUCGGUAUUAAAAAGUAUUAUUCUA